ACGGAAGCCCGUAGAGGACGAUUACGAAAGCAGGAAGACAUGCGGAGGGGAAAUGUGGCGUGCUUAUAUCUGUCUGUAGAAAACUGGUUUUAAAAUACUCACAGCGUGCUGUAGUGCCGUUUAACGAUCCGUCAAUCAUCUGCCUAUAAUUUCAACGUAAAGUGAAAUGUUUAAUUGAUCGCUGCGGAAGUUUUGGAUCAAGGUCAGGUGUGUGGAUGAAGAGCUCAGCCUCGAGCUCGGGUAUAAAUCUAUAAACCUAUUGCAGUCAGACAGACGGGAGAUGGCCGGGCUGAUCAACUUUGAGGAUGAGAAGGAGGUGAAGGAGUUUCUGGAUAAUCUGGGGGUGGAGUACAGCUUCCAGUGCUACAAGGAGAAAGACCCUGAAGGUAACACGAACACCAUACACUCACUGACAUUAGAUGAGACGUUCACGUGCAGAUAUAGAAGGCAUGUUGUUAAUUUUGUGUAAGAUCUGUGUGUGUUUUAUGUUUUGUCCUCUCAGGCUGUCAGAGGCUUGCAGAUUACCUGGAAGGUGUGAAAAAAAACUUUGAGGGUUCAGCUCAGGUGCUCAAACACAACUGUGACACAAACGGACACGGAGAGAGCUGCUACAAACUGGGGGCUUAUCACGUGACUGGCAAAGGUAACAGAAAGGUUACUCAAUACAACCACCUCCUGCAGUACUUCUACAGUUAAUCUACCCCAAUUUCAGAAGUCUAGCCACACUGUAAAAUGUUGAUUUUCAUGGUUUUCCAAGUCAUUUAAAGCAUUUGUAUAUUUGAUUGAAAAUAGAAGGAAAAAAAUAUCAAAUGAUAAAAUUGAAAAAUCUCUGCUCAUUUUAAACGUGAUACCUGCAACACAUUUCAAAAAAUUGUGACAGAGUCAUGUCUCUCAUGAUGUGUCAUUGUCUUUUCUUUCACCAACACUCUUUAAAUGUUGAACAUAGCAGACCAGUUUCUGGAGUUUGGAAAGUGAAAUGUAGUCCCAUUCUUGACUAAUAGAGGAUUUCAGCAGCUCAACGGUUCAGGGUCUCCUUAGUCCUGUUUUUUUGCAUCAGGUCAGGACUGCAGGCAGGCCAGUUUAGCAGCAGGAUUCUUCUACUACAGAGCCAUGUUGUUGUAAUCCCUGCAGAAUUUGGUUUGUCAUUGUCUUUACUGAAUUAUGAAGGUCUUCCCUGAAGCAGUCAUUGUCUGGAUGGCAGCAGAUGUUGCUCCUAAACUUGUAUUGUUCAGCAUUAAGUUUAAAGAAUGUCAUAUUUUGAUUCAGCAGACCUCAGGAACAUUUUCCUCUUCCCCUCAGUUCAUCUUAAAUGGGCUCUGGUCCAGAGAAGUCUCUGGUGUUUGUGGAUCUUGUUUAUAUCUGGUUUCCUCUUUGUAUGGUUCAGUUUUAACCGGCAUUUGUGGAUGAAGUGAUGAUCCGAGUUCACUAACAAUGGUGUUUUGAAGUAAUUUUGAGUCAAUGCAGUGAUUUCCACUACAGAGUACAGUCUGUUUUUAAUGCAGUGCUGCCUGAGGGCCUGAAGAUCAUCCUGUCUUGGUUUUGGUCCUUGUCUUUUUUCUAUAGAGAUUUCUCCAGAUGCUCUGAAUCAUUUAAUGAUGUUGUGUUCUGUAGGUGAUUAAAUCCACUCAUUCUCUCACAUUUUACACCCAGGAACAUUAUUCUGAAACUGUUGAACUAUCAGCUCACUCAGGCCCUUACAGAGUACUGUUCCUCUUUCCUUCUGAAAGACUCUGCCUCUCUGAAUGUCUUUUUUAUACUCAGUCAUGUAACUAACCUGUUGCAUGUGUAGGUUCUCGUUCAUUCAGGUCAUGGUUAACCUGUUGUAAAUUAACCUCAUUAAUUAAAUUGCUUACGUGGAUGUUUUCUGUUUACACUCAGGCCUUGUCUAAUACUUCACAAUAACCACCUUUCUUAAAAAUGCAUGAGAGGAACAGUCACUUAAACCAAUAAAAAUCCUUUCUCAGUCAGAGAAAGAGGUUGUAAUGAUCAUUUUUGGACUGCUCCUUACAGCACUUGUAACUAAGUCUUUUAAAGGUGUGUUCUUGUUACCCAUCUGUGUGUGUGUUGUGGCUCACCAGGAGGAGUGACGGAGUGUCUGAAAACGGCGUACUCGUACUUCAUGCGUUCCUGUAAAGCUGGAGGGAAGAAGUCCACUGAUGCCUGUCAUAAUGUGGGUCUGUUAGCCCAUGACGGUCGAGCCACAGGGGGAGAACCUGACCUCUCAGCUGCUCGAGAGUACUACGAGAAGGCUUGCGCGGGAGGUUUUGCCCCCUCCUGCUUUAACCUCAGUGCGCUGUUCAUCGAGGGGAACUCUAAAGGCCUGAGUCCCAACAUGACUCAGGCCCUGCAGUAUGCUAACAGAGCGUGUGAGUUGGGACACGUGUGGGGAUGUGCUAACGCCAGUCGUAUGUACAGACUGGGAGACGGCACUGAGAAGGACGAGAAGAAGGCGGAGGAUCUGAAGAACCGAGCCAGAGAGCUGCAUGGGUUAGAGAGGGAGCGGCAGCUCAAGUUUGGAGAGUGAACUGUGAUGAGGAUUUAUUAGGAGUGCAUUUACUUUAGGAUCUUUGUAUGCACAUGUCUAAAUGCGUGUUUGUGUGUGUGUAAAGAUUAACCUGAUUAGGAUUUGAAAUGUUGGGGACAUCUCUUAUUAAAGAAAAGGAUGCUUCGAUGUUGAUGGUGCAGUUCAGAGAGUUGCUUUAAGUAUGUUUGAAGGUUAAAGCCAAAUAUGAAAAACAUCAUUUCAAUCUCAGAGCAAUAAAAAGUUUGUUUAUAUAAGGGAGUUUUACAUUGAUCUGUGAAAGUCUUGAUAUAGGUUAAAGGCAUAUUAAAACACAAACUGAUAGAGUUAAAUUGAAGUUUAAAGCUCCUGUGAGGAUUUUUUAGGCCUCUUUUAUGAGCACAAAACACAGAAACCACCACUGAGAAGAAUUUUACCUCUAAAGAUGUUUUAUUUUAUACACAGGAUAGAAGACAUUUUUUAAAUGUUUAUAUAACACACUUAAAUUCAUAUGAUGGAUUUUUAUGACAUAAAAAAAGCAAACAAGACCACCAGGAAUGAAAUUUGCCGUUUUGAUGCAGUAGUUUUUUAAUGCCAGAAACAGGUGUGAGUGGGUAGGCGACAGCAAAGCAGCUACAGAAACAGCAGUGUUUUUUCAUUUUUUCAUGUUAAAUAUUAUUGAUGAUACAUACAGUCCUGCUAUUCUUCAAGAACCUGACAAACAGAAAACCUAUUCUUCUACUCAGUAAGAUGUAAGGUAUAUAUUUAUCCAGAUUUGAAUAAGAUUUUUCACAAACAUUUUUUUAAGAGGACUAAAAAUCCAUCAGAUCACUCUAGUGGAGAUCAUGUAUUAAUGGUCUAUUUUUCCAUUGAGUCCAUUAUUAGAUUCUACCUAAUUUUCAAUGUUUGAUUCAAAUAUUGAUAAAAUUUACACUGAAAAUAUUCUUAUUGAACAUAAAUAUUGAAUAGUCUUAGCGUUUACUUUUUUCAGCAUCUACACACUUUCUUUAUCUACUCUUGCAAUGCAUCAUAAACAC